GGGGCAGAUUUGGCUGGUUCGGCGAGGGAGAAUGGUUAAACGGUUUUUUUUUGCUUUGUUGUCCUGGAAGGGUGAUGGGAUGAGGGAAUGAUUUGCCGCUCCUGGCUCUCUCUAUUGACUGGAUUUGGAGCGUACUGGACUGGACUGGAUUGGGCGUGUGCUCGACCCCGGGAUCCGGUGCAGGGAUGGGAAAUUGAGGGUGAUUGGCUUUGCAGAUUGUGGAUUGUGGCCCGAGAUUGAAAGUUCCCUCUGCCUCUCUCUCUCUCUCCUCUGGUUACCGCUAUUGCCCUUGUUCGCAAUGGAUCCUCCCCUCUCCUCUCUUCCCACCCUAAUCCAAUCUUGGGUUCCUUGCCCCCUAUCCCGAUGCUCACUCAAUGCCUAUAAGGAUGCCCUCGAGUCCCCCCUUAUGGCCUUCUCUUCUUUCCUUCCCUCUUCACCACUCACAGUCCACCGCGUCCAACCCGCUCUCCCAGUCACUCUUUUAACAACCCCCCACACUCUUUAUAUAAAAAAGCUUUUUUCACUCUAAUUUCUUCCCUCUCACCUUUAUUUUCCUCCCCGGGAAUCUAUACGGAAAACUCUUUAUAAACAAGUACCCUUUUUCACAACACAAACAAUCAAAAUGCGCUUCUCUACCAUCGCCGUUUCCGCCGCUCUCUUCGGUGCCACUGCUAUGGCUUUGCCUGGCAGUGUUGUCUACCAGACCGAGGUUGUCACCAUCACCUCUUGCGCGCCUGAGAAGACCAACUGCCCCGGAAAGCCUACCUCUUCUCCGGUCGUCAGCUCUCCUCCCGUCGUGACUCCCGUCUGCCCUGGCGCUCCUCACGUAUGUUCAUCUCGACUCGGUUGAUAUGAAGCUUGGAGUGACUUGUUAACGUGGAUUCGAUUAGUGCCCCCCGACUUAUCCGGUUCCUAGCUCUGGUUACAGUACCCCCAUCUCCCCUAACGGUACCUAUGUUCAACCCGCUCCUUCCAGCAAGCCUGUCUGCCCAGGCGCACCCCACUGUCCUCCGGCCCCGGUCUGCCCGGGUGGUCCUAACGUUUGUUCUCCCGCUGCCAAAUACUGUCUAGUGUUAAUGUCGGCUAAUUAUGAUAUCUAGUGCCCGUAUCCCACCACGACCAGCAAGCCAAUUGCCAUCCCUGGAACUGGUCUCCCGUACGUUCCUUCUGGUACCGGUGUUCCAACAUACCCAUCCAAGAACACCUCCGUCCCGGUUGCGCCAACCACCCCGCCAACCUACACCGGUUCCGCUUCCAUCCAGAGCUUCUCUGUCUUGGCUGUCGGUGUUGCUGUCGCUGCCCUCUUCUUGUAAGCAGCGAGCGUUCCAUCGACCGCUUUGAUGAUGGACGACUUUUCUAUCUACUUUCUUCUGCUUUUGCUGGGAAAAACAUUUAUUUGUGAUGGGGAGUGGUUUUUCAAUUCUGUCGGUUUGGUUGGCUUGGUACUGGCAAACGUGGUGUGGUUAUAACUUAUUACAUAAGGGUGUUGGUUCGCGUUUUGUGUAAUUUUUAGUUGUGAAUUAUUUGGGUUCUCCCUUU